GUCCAAACAAAUGAUGAACGAUGAACUAACCUAUAAAUUAAAUCCUAAAUGUUCUUGGCUGAGAGAAAGUGUAAAGUAGAUAAAUUAAAUCCUUGUUUUAAAUAUUCUGUUCUCAACCAAGACAUAAAUUCUUCAAACUAAAACUGUGGCAUCAAGAUGAUGCAGCAAUACAUGAAAGAGCUUGAGCAGGAGCCUUUUGACCCCGAGGAGUUUGUUGAACGUCUGGCAUGGAGAACUGUUGACAGCAACAGAGAAGAAGGAAAUAGCACAUUUGAUCCUGUGCUAAUGCAUGAAACUUUUUCUCAAGCGAUCAAGGAUCUACAACUGCUUUUAGAAAGGCAGCAGAAGAAAUGUGAAAAAUUGGAACAAGCUUGUAGAGAUGAAGAGGUAAAACAUUGGCAAGAUAUCUCUAAGCUGCAGGAAAAAAAUAAGGCGACAGUCAGUUUGUUCCAAGAGCUGGAUGAACGGAUCAACUUUGUGGCUACCAAGGUGAUCCACCUGGGAGAUCAGCUAGAGAGUGUCAACACACCAAGAUCCAGAGCUGUGCAGGCCCAGAAGCUUAUGAACCACUUUGCUGAGUUCCUUACACCGGGUCCUGUUAUGUCUGAGUUUGCCCAGAUUGAUGAAGCCGCAGAUGUAAUACAAAAACUACACCUUAUAGCUCAGGAGUUACCAGUUGGAAAGUUUGAAGAAGCAAAGAAAAAAAUAGCAGUUAAGUAUGAUGAGAUCGAAAGAGCAUUGAUAGAAGAGUUUGUCGAAGCCCAUCGCAAGUAUGAUGUGGGAAGAAUGAGAGAGAUUGCCUCUAUCCUAUCAAACUUCAAGGGGUACACUCAGUGCAUUGACGCUUUUAUAGAGCAAAGCCAAUCGAAUACAUUCGGAGGUAAAGAUGUGUUCAGUGACGUCAUUCCAAUGUGUGAGAAAAACUUUACUCUGAUGAAAGAGGUGUUUAACAACCCUGAGCAAGUUAUGGGUAAAUUUGUCCUCAACAUCUACCACUUUAAGCUACAGAAAUUUGUUGUCAGCAAACUUUCAGACAAAUCUGAUACAGAUAAAUAUCUGAAAAACCUUAUGGAUUUAUACAGUAGAACAACCCAGCUGUCAAGGGAACUGUCUCGUUUCAACAUGGGAACAGACGACUCUUACCUCAGUACACUUACCAGGAAUAUCUUCCAGAAGUAUUUUGACUCGUACAUCAGCAUUGAGACAAAAAGCUUAAAGGAAAAGUGUAUGACAAUAUUAAAUAAGUAUUAUGAAAUCAAAGGACAUCAGAAAAAACAGCUUCAAGUUGGAGGUUUCCAAGACCUCAGACGAGAUCUACAAGCAGUUAUUGGGACUAGAGCCAAUAUCAACAUUGCCCAGAUAGAGGAUUAUGGAGGAGAAACAUUUCUGUCGGAAGAAGUGGCAAUAGCUCUCUUACAAGAAGCAAAAUUGGCCUUUCAACGAUGUCAAGUUCUAUCACAGCCCACAGAGCUGACAGACAACGCUGUACGAGUGAUGGAGGUGUUGUUGGAUCAGUUGGUCACAGAACAUGUAGAGUAUGGUAUUGAGUUGGGUCUACAAGCAGUUCCCAUCCCUGAGACCAAGACUCAGCAACCGCAGGUCUACUUUUUUAACAUUGUGUCACAGGCCAACGCCAUCAUACACCUGGUUGAGAAGCAGUUUAAUGACAGUCUUAUACCGAUCGUGAUAUCAACACCAAAACAUCUUGAAUGUUUCCAGAUGAAGAAAAGAAUUUUGGAUCCGAUAGAAAUGAAGCUGGAUACUGGACUUGAUAGAUCGAUAAAUGCAGUGGUUGGAUGGGUCAAAAUAUAUCUCCAAGCUGAACAAAAGAAAACAGAUUUUCGCCCAGAAACUGACGUUGAUACCUUAGCUUCACCGGCUUGUUCCGUAGUAGUGCAGUACAUGAAUACAACAAUCGCUCAUAUCCGAGAUAGUAUGGAUGGCAAAAACAUUGAAUUUGUCAUGUGUGAACUAGGAUGUCGAUUCCACAGAGUCAUUUAUGAUCACCUUCUGCAAUUCACUUACAACUCAGCAGGAGCAAUGUGUGCCAUAUGUGAUGUCAAUGAGUACAGGAAGUGUGUCAAAGAGCUGAGGUCUCCGCUUGUUACCAAUCUGUUUGACACUCUCCAUGGGCUUUGUAACUUGCUGCUCGUCAAACCUGAGAACCUCAAACAAGUCUGCACUGGCGACACUUUGGUUGGCCUGGAUAGAUCCAUUCUUCUGAAUUUCAUUCAGUUGCGAAGUGACUACAAGACUCAGAAACUGGCAACAUCUCUGAAAGGGCUCGCUGCUUAGAUUUUUAUAAUCUAUAUUUAUAUAUGUAUAUAAAAACCAUUGUGUAUAAACAAUGUACUGUUAUUUCUGUUUAUAUUUAAGCUAUUAUCUUUGUUUAAAGAGUAUUAUAUUUUUAUCUUAGGGUAGAAACUGUAAAAACUUAAUCAUUUUUUCAAACCAUUAAAAGAAAUAGUCUUUA